AUGGUUUCAAAAGUAUGCGCUAUAUGUCUAGAGGACAUCUGUGGCAAGAGCUCUACGUCUUACUUGAAACCAUGCGGGCAUGAAUACCACAGUGAUUGCAUAAGGAAGUGGCAUGGGCAUGCAGAAGAUCUAAAAUGUCCCAUGUGCAGGAUUGAUGCUGAAGAGUUGGUUGUUAAGUUAUAUGGGUGUGCUGAGAAGAUCAUUGACUUACAAAAAGGGUUUGCGGUAAAUCAAGUAGUGAAUCAUGUUAUCAAUACAGAGCCAGAUUUAAUAGAUGAGCUAGCUGAAGCUCUGGACAAUAAUUUGCAUAUAUCAGAACUAAGGACGGAUACUCAGGUUGAGCCUGAAGCACCACCGAGCAGGCCUCGGUUGCUACAAUGUGGUAUAUGUGGGGAUCAAGAUGAUUUAGUACUGGAACACUAUUGCGAGGAAUGUCAAACGCUAUAUCAUGGUUCAUGUUUGAGGGUUUUGGCUAUCGAGACUGGUGAGCGAACUGACUGGUGUGUUUGUGUGGAUUGCCGCAAAGAAUUGAUAUCUCGGAAUGAUAGACUCGUCAUUCAGAAUAGCCAGUUGGCCUCCAGAGACGAUGGUAGUCUCAUGUAUGACACAAACAACACUAUGGUAUUUGAAGGACAACUUCGGGAAAAAAACAGUGUGAGAGCGGAACAGAUAUAUCGUGAUUGUUACUUAGAAUCCUUGAAGAAAACCAAAACGAACAUACAGAAACAUGUAAGGAAAUGCCUCGACACUUACUACCAUAGUGGCAAGAUUGAUCACAUGGAGUAUACUCGCAUAAACAAGACAGUUUCCAGAAAACUCUACACUCUUUCCAACUAUACGUACUCUCAGGAGCUCAACUACGAUCACUUGGCAAAACAGCAUAUAGAAACAGAACUUGGAACACCUUUGUCCAUAUAA